AUGAAGCCCAAGACGACAACCUCACUGGAGAAUAAGCAGCUCUGCAGGGAUCGCACUCAAGCCCAAACUGUUGAUAAUAGAAACCAUUCAACUAAAAAGAUGGAACAUACUAGCCAGAUAGCCGGUGGCCUACGGCGAAGAGGUAUGAGUAUUGUAGCACGGAAUCGCGGAAAGGCCCGAGAGAAAAGAUUUGGCCUUGCAGAUCCUCUCGUCUGGGAUGCAAUUAAUAGAUCACUAGUCCAGCAGCGACAGUUAUCAACCUUAGUCAUACCAGAGGAGGCAGCGGUAGAGCAUUUUCAGCCCUCAGAAAUCCCUUCUCGAACUUCAAGCCAGCGUAAGGCCUUGAAUCGUUUUACAAGGCAACUGGAGAAGUAUGCAGAUGCCGCUGGGGCAAUUGGCAAGGCUCCAGUCAGGACGCCCACGGACUCGGACUCGAAGAUGUCAUAUCAUACUGUUCAGCCCCUCUUACCAUAUCAGAAGGAAUUUCAAGCAGCUGGCCUUGCCGUGACGUCUGCAGAACAGAGCCGAAGGCCUCUAAUUAAGCACAGAAGCAAUGAAAAGCCCGUAAAUAGUUCGUCUAGGUACGUUCAGGCCUCAGUUCAAGUAGAUGGUGAAUUUGAUGGACAAGAUAAUGUCUUGAGCGAGCAAUCAGGCUCGAGCUCUGGGUCAUAUGUCGAGUUCACCCCAGCCGGUAAUCCAAUCGAGAUACUACCAAGCCCAAAAUCAAAACCGAAGCGGAAAUUAUUGUCUAAGGACAGGGGAAGCAUAUUGCCAUGGUUAAGAAAGAAGUCACCAGCUAAGGAAAGCUAUAGUGACAGCCGAGCCAGACCACAGUAUACACGUCAGCCCGUCAAGGAUAGCCAGGUUAACCACCGGGUAAAGACUAUAGAUUCCCAACAUGCACGGCAUAACCAUUCUUCUCUCAGCCCUGGGGCCCGACCGUCUGGAUUACGCCGUGUAGCUCCAUCGAAACCGAUUGCUUCUCCUACACGUCGUGAACCAUCUGGUCGAAAGUUGUCAUGGGUCGAAGUUAAGCGCGGCGACCAUGGACGAUAUUCAGGAUCAAUGGCUCCACGAGCUGGUCCAGAACCUGGGGCGAUGCAGCCAUCAGCACACACUGGUCUACGCAAGCGAGAUGUGGCCAUGGCGCGUCUCCCUCUCCCUGAAACUAUCGAAGAAGAAAAGGAGACAUCUCCGACACGUGUAUACCAAGAAAAGAUUCAGAUAUAUCCCUCCGCCGAAUCAAAAGAUGCCCAAGUUCCCGUCACUAAAAUGAGUCAACAUAAACGUAGCGUGUCGCCACGGACAUCUCCUUCUACAGUUCCUUCGCUGCCAUCUGCGGCACGGUAUGCUGUUAGCCGGGCUUCCUCUUUAGAGCGGGCGCUAGAUGAAGUUUCUCAACAGCUUGAGAAGUUGGAGCAGGAAGCCGAUAAGUCAACCCAGUUAUGCAGCCGCCCUAUAACCUUGGUAGAUAAGACGAAUCAGAAGCAAUACCCACCCCGUCACUCUAAUCCUUACGCUUCCGGGAUUACUCCCACACGCCGGCCUAGACUGAACGAAGAGAUCAUCUUUGUAAACCGGAAGAUGCCACCCAUUAAAUCGCCUAAGUCAAUGCCAAAGAAGCCAUCAUUAUCCUUGCCUAAGCCUACUCGGGAGCCACCUACUCCGCCGCCGAAACAGCUAACAUCCUGCCCUUCAAAGGAAAAGACACUACCUACGAUACCUCAGACUAAGGACAUUUUAAAGGACUUGGACGUAUUCUUUGAUUAUGAGGACGCACAUAUCAGCGACAGAGACGUCAUCAAGGGUCUCCAAGUGGCUAUACACGCGGCAGCAGAUAAUACGUAUGAUGCAAUGAUACGGGUAAAAACUGGAUUGAGAAUUCGACGGUUUCUAGCGGAUCUAAGAGCAGUUGGUGAAAUGCAUGACGAAGACCCAGCCGGCCAAUCUGUUAAAGAGUGA